GCCGCGUCCUCAGCGCUCCUCCGCCUCUCCCGUCCCGGGCAGCCGCUCCGGGAGCUCCGUGCCCGGCUAUGGAGCUGUGGCAGGUGCCGCUGAGCUUCUCCCGCCUCCGCAUGUUCCCUUUCUUCGACCUGGCGCAUUAUGUCGCCUCCGUCCUGGCGCUGAAGGAGCAGCGGGGAGUUGUGGAAGUGUCGGUCCGAAGUCCGUUGGCCUGCUGGUUUAGUGCAAUGCUUUAUUGCUUUGGGGGUUCAGUUUUGUCUUCGUUGAUGCUUGGUGAACCUCCAGUAGCAUUUCUGGCAAAGACCAUAAACAUUCUACUGGCAUCCUCAGUCUGGUAUCUAGUGUUUUACUGCCCAGAAGACAUAUUCUGCCGCUGCUUUUCCUUUCUGCCUCUUCGUCUUCUGGUGGCAGGAAUGAAAGAAGUGACAAGGACUUGGAAGAUCACAGAUGGCAUUGCACAUGCAGACUCUGUCUACAAAGAUGCCUGCCUUAUCAUGGUGGCUGUGGGCUGGGCCAGAGGUGCUGGUGGUGGCCUAAUUUCCAACUUUGAGCAGCUGGUGAGAGGAGUGUGGAAACCUGAAACCAAUGAGCUCCUGCAGAUGUCCUACCCUGUGAAGGUAACUUUGAUAGGAGCAGUUCUUUUCACCCUGCAACGCAGACAGUACUUGCCAAUAGCAAAACACAACCUUGUGUUUUUAUACACCAUCUUUCUUGUUGUCUUCAAGGUAAAAAUGAUGUUGACAAGAUGUGCAACUUCUCCACUUGCUCCCAUUGAGGCUGCAGUGGGCCAAAUGUUUUUUGGCUCACGAAAGACACCUUCCAAAGUGAAGGGUGAAAGUGCCACAUCUUCCAACGGCUCUUCAGUCUGUGACCAGCCUUCUGAGCAGCACCAUGAGAGUGCUAAGAAAAAGCAAGCAAAGAAAACAGAAUAAGUGACUUGAAAUCCUUGUGAUGGUCAUGAAGAUGUGUGUCUUCCAGAUUAGGCUGGCUGAGAAGUUUCUCUAAGGAAAGGAAAACAGGGCUGUGUUGUGGUUUGCCUUUUUGGGAUGUGUUAUGCAAGCUAUGUGUAAAUGCACAUGUCAGAUCUGUGAGUUAAAACUAUGAACUUUUAUAGUGGUUAAAAGUUUACUAAUUUUUGUACUUAUGGCAACUUCAGAUGCUUAUAUGUUAAAAAGAUAUUUUCACAAAUGUGACAAUCAUAUUUUUUUUUCCUACAGUAUCACUUGUUUCACGUUUUCCUAUCCCCCAGUUCUUAUGUGUCAUUUUGAUAACACUGAUUUAUACUGUCAGGUGUUCACUGUAGCACAUCCCAAAUAAGAAAGUCAUUAAGUAAGGCUUAAUCACAUUGCACUCUGUAAAACCAUAAAAAUGUACCGAUUUAAUGCCUUUAACUAGAAAAGUAACUGAAUUAUUGUUGUAAUUCACAUUGCAUUCAUUUCUUAAAGUAAAUAUUUAAAAAUAUUUUUAAAUGUUUUAAAAUGAAAGUACAUUAUCUGGCACUUUAACAAAUCUUAGUUAGCAAGUAGAAACACAUCAGUAUUUUUGUUGUUGGCUUACUUGGACUCUUUUAUUUGCAAACAUUCGAGAUGUAGGUGUUUUUUGCCACACUAAUGUUUUACAAGUGGUUUGUAGUUAUUUUCUGUUUCAUUUGUGUCUAGACAUCUUUGCCUGCAUUUUUUUUCCAAGCAUAUGCACUUAUUUCUUUUCAAAGACAAACUCUGUUAGGAAGAAUACUGGACAGUACAUUUGCCUUGUUUAGUCAGCACCCUGAGCUGCAACACAGGGAUGGGAGCAAAGUGUUACCCCCAUAAUCCAUGAGGGAAUGGUCAGUGAGCUGCUAGAACACCUGGACACUACCAAGUGGUGGGAUGGGAUCCACCCAGGGGUGCUGAGGGAGCUGGCAGAGAGCUCGCUGGGCCACUUCCAAUCAUUUACCAGCAGUCCAGGCAAAGUGGGGAAUUCCCGGUUAACUGGAGACUGGCAAAUGUGACAUGCAUCUACAGGAAUGGUCAGGAGGAGGAUCCAGGGAAUUACAGGCCUGUCACGUCCCCUCAGUGCCGUGGAGGCCAUGGAGCAGGUCACCUUGAGCGCCAUCAGGAACAGGACAACCAGGAUAUCAGGCCUGGCCAGCCUGGGUUUAGGAGAGCCAGGUCCUGCCUGACACCCCUGAUCUCCUCCUGGGCCAAGGUGACCUGCUCAGGGCUGAGGGAAAGGCUGUGGAUGUGUUUACA